AUGUCUACGUUACAGCACUUGCAAGGUUUUACUGGUUCUGGAGGUGCAGCUCUGUUGCCAAGCAGGCCUGCGUUAACUAUCAAUGGCCAAUUAGCUAACGAUUUUGGAGCCAUUGCCAACAUGGGUUGGUCAUCUCAAAAUUCGAGUAACGUUUGGCUGGAACAGCUCGGUGGAGCUAUUUUGGUUUCUGGUGUUCUUGUUACUACAUUAGGAUUUUAUCUUUAUCCUUCAGUUCGUUCAGUUAAUGUAUUGGUUUUACCGUUUUUUUAUGAAGCAGUUCGUUCUUAUUACCCAAAAGUGCCUUUAUUCAAUGUAUGA